CGCCAGAUCGAACAUUCAAAACAAUUCAAAUUCCUCCUUCUCCCCCCUCUGUCUCUCCAUCUCGCUCUUCUGCAAGCCCUAACCCUAACCGCUGAUUCCAACUCCAAAUUCCAUUGUUUUUUGAGAAAAUCAAAACUAGAUCUGCAUCAUUAUCCUUCCAUCUGUUGAAUCAAUCUGAUAGAAGUCUGGUACAUUCAGAUGCAAUCCACGGCCGCGCAGCAAGAACUCUUGGAAAAUCUCACUCUCUGAUUUUUUUUCCCUUCACUUUCUCGGCUUCGGUGAAUGGCUUCCCGUAAUCAGAACAGGCCUCCUCGUAGUCCUGCUACGAAAAAGGACAAUAUGGAUGAAGUUCCCCUAGAUAAGCGUAGGAAGAUUGGAACAGGUAGAAUGUUGGGCACAAGAGGGGUGGGUCGUGGACGCCAAGCCUUUGCCGCCAUCAAUAAUCAGCAAGAUUUGGGGGCUCCAAGUGGAAUGACUAGUACUGAAGGUCCGGAGUGUGGAACCAUCGAGUUUACUAAAGAGGAAGUUGAGGCACUACUAAAUGAAAAGAUUAAGGCAAAGAAGUUUGACACGAAGGGGAAAAUGGAACAAAUGGAUGGUCAUAUUAAGAAGCUAAAGCUUUGUAUCAAAUGGUUUCAACAACACGAAGAAGGCCAACUUGUCGAGCAGGGAAAACUACAGAACGCAUUGGAAUGUGCUGAGAAAAAAUGCGCUGAUACUGAGUUGGAGAUGAAAAACAAGGAAGAGGAGUUGAAUGUAAUUAUCGAGGAACUGAGGAAAAGCAUUGCUUCUUUACAAGACAAACUUGUGAAGGAAGAAUCAGAAAAAUUGGAUGCAAUGGACUCUUAUACAAGAGAAAAAGAAGCCAGGGCUGCAGUUGAGAAAGUGAAAGCUUCUUUAUCAGAGGAGCUUGCUAAAACUCAGCAGGAGAAAUUAAAUGCUAAUCAAAAGGUAACCUCACUAAAUGAUAUGUACAAGCGAUUGCAAGAGUACAACACAAGUUUACAGCAGUACAAUAGCAAGCUUCAAACAGAUCUUGCAACGGCAAAUGAGUCACAAAAAAGAGUGGAAAAGGAGAAACUGGCUAUAGUGGAGAACCUUAGCACCUUGCGAGGUCACUAUAACUCGCUGCAAGAGCAAUUAACAUCAUCUAGAGCUUCUCAGGACGAGGCUGUAAAGCAAAGGGAAUUGCUAGGAAAUGAAGUCCAGUGUCUUAGAGGAGAACUGCAACAAGUAAGAGAUGACCGUGAUCGACAAGUGAUGCAGGUGCAUGCCUUGGCUACAGAAGUGGAAAAGUACAAGGAGAGUACUGGGAAAUCAUUCGUGGAGUUGGAUAAUUUGACAGUAAAAUCCAAUGCGUUGGAGGAAACAUGUUCUUCUCAACGGGAGCAGUUACGCAUCUUACAGCAUCAACUAGCAGCAGCAAAUGAGAAAUUGAAGAUGGUUGAUUUGUCUGCUUCAGAAACAAGGACAGAAUUUGAGCUGCAAAAGGGUGUUAUAAGCGAAUUACAAGAUCGUUUGGCAGAUGCAGAGCUUCGAAUUAUUGAGGGAGAGAAUUUACGAAAGAAGCUUCACAACACUAUUUUGGAACUAAAAGGGAACAUUCGUGUAUUCUGCAGAGUGCGACCUUUGUUACCCGAAGAUGGUGCUGGUUCUGAAAGCUCAGUAGUUUCUUUUCCUACAUCGACAGAAGCACUUGGCCGGGGCAUUGACUUAACACAGAAUGGGCAGAUAUAUCCUUUCACAUUUGACAAAGUUUUUGCUCAUGGGGCCUCCCAGCAGGAUGUAUUUGUAGAAAUAUCACAGUUAGUACAGAGUGCCCUUGAUGGCUAUAAGGUUUGCAUAUUUGCAUAUGGUCAGACAGGUUCUGGUAAAACCUAUACAAUGAUGGGAAGGCCAGAAGCUUCUGAUGAGAAAGGCCUGAUACCUCGGUCAUUAGAACAGAUAUUUCAAACCAGUCAGUCUCUUUUGGCCCAGGGCUGGAGAUAUAAAAUGCAGGCCUCGAUGCUGGAAAUUUAUAAUGAAACCAUCCGUGAUUUGUUAUCAACGAGUAGAUCAGGUGGUCUAGAUGUGACACGUACAGAAAAUGGUGUUGGUGGAAAGCAGUAUGCAAUUAAACAUGAUGUGAAUGGAAACACCCAUGUCUCUGAUCUCACCAUUGUUGACGUCAGCAGUAUGAAAGAGAUUUCAUCUCUUCUACAGCAGGCUGCUCAUUGCAGGUCUGUUGGUAGAACACAAAUGAAUGAGCAGUCAUCCAGAAGUCACUUGGUAUUUACAUUGCGAAUAUCUGGGGUAAAUGAGAGUACCGAACAACAAGUACAAGGUGUCUUAAACCUCAUUGAUCUUGCGGGAAGUGAGCGACUCUCCAAGAGUAUGUCAACUGGAGACCGGUUGAAGGAAACUCAGGCUAUUAAUAAAAGCUUAUCUUCACUAAGCGAUGUCAUACUGGCCCUAGCAAGGAAAGAUGAUCAUGUUCCAUAUAGGAACUCAAAGCUAACCUAUCUUCUCCAGCCUUGCUUAGGUGGGGAUUCCAAGACCCUGAUGUUUGUCAACAUCUCUCCCGACCCAUCUUCAGUUGGUGAGUCCCUAUGCUCUCUUAGGUUUGCUGCCAAGGUCAAUGCCUGUGAAAUUGGGAUUCCUCGGCGCCAGACCACCAUGCGGAUUUCAGAUUCUCGCUUGAGCUAUGGCUAAAUAUUUUUUUUUUGUGUAACUGUUAUUUGCAAUGAAGGUUCAUGUUUGGUUGUAACGUGUAUAAUCAAGAAAUGGAUUUGGCGUGUAUCAGUGAUUAUAGAGUGAGCUUACUAAUUUGUAUUUUAGAGUGGUGCCGCGGUGAGGCCAUUUCCUCUUUU